AUGCCGCCGAAAGCGGUGGACAAAGCUAAGCAGAAGGAACGCGAAAAAAUCGCCGUCGACAAGACCUUCGGACUGAAAAACAAGAACAAGAGCAAAGUGGUUCAGAAGUACAUCAAGUCCAUCGCAAACAAUGCGUCAGGUGCUCCAAAGGGUGGGAAGGAGCAAGCAGACCGAGAUGCAAAGGAUGCCAAACAAAAGGAGAUACAGAAAGCUGCGCUAAUGAAUUCAUUAUUCAACAUGUCCACCGACAAGAAGGGAAGAGCGUUCGACCCUGUGGCCAAAAAGAAGGCCAAAGCCGCGGAGGAGGAGGCCAUUGCAGCUGGAAGAAAGCUCCAGGAAGAGCUCAAGAAGGAGAUCAUCGAAGGUGUUGCAAACACGAUCCGGCUGACCAAUCCCAAAACGGGCAUCCGAAUGUCUGAGAUGGGUGGCCAUCCCAUCAUCCAGGCACUGAAGAACAAGCACCAAGAGACGUUCAAGACCAUACAGCUUUUGCUCUUCAUCAAGGCACAUGACAAAGUCUUCUGGGUGGAUGAUGCUGAGAGCAGCAACCCAUUGGUCAGAUGUCUGGAGGACGUUGAAGCAGAAGUGGCCCCUGAUGAGAGACCGCUUGAGGAAAUCAUAGAAGAAAGACGAGCCGCACUGCCUCCUGGUGGAACCCCUGUGACACCGGAGACGUUCAAGGCCUGGAAAGAGAAAAGAGAGGCAGAAAGGUUGGCCCAAGUGGAAGCAGACCGUCAAGAAAAUGCAAAGAAAGGUACCAAGGGCCUUGUCGGCAUGAGUGGCCGAGAUCUGUUCACGUACGAUGCAUCUCUCUUCAAAGACGAAGAGGGUGCCGUGUCGGCAGACGAGUAUGAUGAGCGGGAAGAGGACCCCGAGUAUGACGAUGAUGACGGCAAGACCCCUGGUGUAGCUCAAGAUUUGCAGGAUGAAUGUGAGGAUGGCGAGGACGAAGAAGCAGAGCCAGAUUCUGGUGCCAGAGGUAGCGAAGAUGUCAAGGAGGCAGGCGCCAUCAAUGAGAAGCUUUUCUUGGAGGAAGAGGAUCUGCCGGACGAUUUGGACGAUUUAGACGAGGCGGACGAAGAAGCUGUGGAGGAAGGCAAAGGAUGA